GACGCCUCCGUAGGAGAUUUAGCGCAACGGCACGGAUAUAUAUCGCGGACACGCUCCUGACCGACCGACACAUUCCCUUCGAUUUACUACGACUUAAGAUUAUCCUCUCGCUGUAUCUUCGUGGCUUAACCGUGGGCAGCACCCUUGUCAUAAUCCCGACGUCUUAUUACGUACUGAUGAGUCCGGAUUUACGAGAGAAUUUGGAAGUCGAAGUGCUGUGCUCGAGGUUCGAACAGCUCAAGGAGAUAGUCAAAAAGAUGUUGCAUCAGAUGGGGCAGUUGCGGAACAAACAGCCGGGUUUGUUUUGCAUCAUCGUCUGUUCCGCGUCUAUGCUAAUAUGGCUUUCGGAUUACGUGUUGAACGGCAUGCUGCUCAAAUACGUAUUCUUUAUGCUCAUUCUACUGGCACCGAUAGUGGUGAUAUAUCUACCGGUCAGGAGGCUUCCUGCGCGUCCUCCGCCGAGCAAUCGUAGAGAAUCGGACAGUGAAAUCGAGGAAUUUUUACCAGCUGCGACCGAGACAAACAUUCAGAUACUGACGAAAGCGGGUGAAGUUGGAGAAUACUCGCCAACGCCGACGAGCGCGGUGACGGAAGCACCGAAGGAACAGGAGGAGCAAGAAUUUCUCAACGACGGCGACCUCGCAGGCCACAAAAUGCCCUCGCACGAGGACGGCAGUUCGGAUGGUCUAGAGCUUUCAGAUCUGGAACUCUCGGAGAAGAGCUCCACGUCAUCCCGCUCCAGUCAGAGCGACAGCGAAUUCGAGAUAAUCGACCGGCAGGAGAUCGGCAAGUUGUGCACGCCGCAAAAUUCGACAUAAUGAAAGACGACCGCCGUGAGACUUGAACAACCAACAAAUAAAACAUAGUAAUAUCUUGAUUUGAUUGAUCGUCUAUCUCAGCUUUACAAUCUCCGCUUGAAAAGAAACUAUUUUAAACGAUGAGUCAAGAUGAUUUUCGCUUAAAAAGAAAUAAAAUUUUUCGAGUACAACACGACGGUGUACACGCGGUUUAGAAAGUGUCUCGACUGCUACGACAGUGUGGACGCGAACGAAACCAAAUUUUAUUCAUUUAGACGGAUAGGUGUACCUGAUGUACGUGUACUGUAUGACACCUGACACUCGUACUGUAUUACAAUCAUAUUUAUUAUUUUAACAUUAAUAGGAAUAUGUACAUUUGCGAUGUAAUAAAUAUGCACACGUGUACAAACGUUUUAUCCGGAGUUCAGUCAUCGUGCAGCCAUGCGCUUAAUCCGACCUACGACGGCGAUUAAUUUAGCGAAAGCGCUAUGGCAUACGAGGAUGAAAAUGAUAUAGAGCAAACACACAGUCGGCCGACGAAGUCAAGUUCAAAAGUCGACAGGGUAAAAUGUAGUGACGCAAUGACGCUACAUUUAUUGUAUUAUACUAUACAACUUACUACGAAAGCGCGAAAGCACGAUCAACAGGACUGCACUCGGUAGCGUGCAGAAACGUUUACGCUAAGUGCGUAAGAAUGUAUUAUAUUGUCACAUGUAUUUUGAGAAAUCUAUAGGAGAAAAAUGGAUAGAGGUGCAAGGGAUGAGAGAGAGACAAGAUAGAUUAGAAAAGGGAACGUGCAAGUAGAUCGCGAACUAAUUUUGUGAAAACGAGGGAAGAAAGCACGAUAAGGGACCGGAAACGAAAGCUCCAAGAUAGAAUUAAGCUAAAAUAAGAUAGAGAUAUACGAUAGAAUAAGAAAAUGAAUGUGUACCUAAUCAAAAAAACCAGUCACCCAGUCUCGAAUCAUGUUAUCUGAUGUCACUAAUGGCCUGAUUUUCUUCGCUAUAUGUUGCGUAUUUAUUCUAACGACUUGUUGGAAAGCUUGAUUUUCUAACGACAAUGACCUCGUCGCUGCGUAUACUCGCGAACGGACGGAAGUGACUAUUUCUUGGAGCUCACGGGUCUGGAGUGUCGCGAGGCGAGCUUUGUUAUUCACAUCUUACGAAUAGGAAAUCGCGUGGAAAAAGUGCUGUGAACGAGUGAUUGGCAUUGAAACGAAUUUUCUUCGCACGAUAGCGCGUGCGAGAAGCAGAGGGGACGAGGGACGUACACAAAUCGACUUCUAAUAGCCUCACGUAUGAAGUCAUGCCAUAUUUUAUGCGAAGUUCUACGUCUCAUAAAAAAAAUCUAAGCUGCUAUUCCAAAUUAUAUGUAUGUGUAUAAUUAUAUAUAUUAUGAUUACAUAUAUAUAUAAUGAUUAUACAUUGUUACCUAAAUUUGUAUAACUUCACAUGUUGAGUCUAUUGUGCCGAAAUGUGUACGCAUGUUCACGUGUACAAACGUGUCUAUUCGUUAUGUUAUUGACGUACGGUGUGCGAGCGAACAAAAGAAAGAGAGAGAGAGAAUAUACUAGUUAGGCUCGAUUGUAGGAAAAUAAGCGUAAUGUAAGUAGGUUACAAAUAAUUUAAGGUGUUAGCGUUUAAGAAAACGGAAGAACAUUGUAUAUCCUCAGCGGAAACGACGAACAUAUGCAGACACACCGUAACUCGUGAGAUGUGUAAAAAAUGCGCGCGGGAAGAAUCGAAUUGAGAGAGAGAGAGAGAGAGAGAGAGAGAGAGAGAGAGAGAGAGAGACAGAAGACGAAGAAGAGUGUCGAGUCUAAGUGAAUUUUUGUAGCCCGUUUCUAAUUGGUGUUUGCCGUCUUAUUCUUGUGUACGCAUCUCUAUAUUUGAAAAUAUAACGAACGAUACAAAAAUA